AGGCACAGGCCCUCAGGGCCCCAGGGGGGAGCGGGAGGGGGCCUCCGGCCGGCGGUCCCAGCCCGAGGACCCUGCUCUCUCGGGCCCCGGGGGCUGCCGAGGGAGGGGGCCAGGGUGGCCUCUCCGGGCGGGCGCCCCCUGCCCCCGGCCCCUCCGGGGAGUCCCGGCAGCGUCCCCGCCGAGAUCGGGGGUGGGUCGGUCCCUGGUUAGCUGGUCCCUCCCUCUUCCCCCUCCCCCUAGUGGUUUCCGGGGCCUGCGGGACCGAGGGGUGGGAAUCGGGGACCCGAGCCCCUCGCCCCGGCCGGGAGCCGGGCUGGGCCUAGCGCCCCCGGGUCUGUCACCGGCAGGGGAAACUUUCCCCAACCGCACCGAGCUCCGACACCCUCCUCCGCCGCCGCGUCCUCGAAUCCCACUCCCACUCCACCUCCUCCAAUGCCUUCCCCUCCCACCGACCCGAAUCUCGCUGCGUGUGACGGAUGGGGCAGGGAGCCAAUCGAAGGUGUGGAUUUCUCUUGGAUUUGGCCACAGAUUUAUAGAUCUUCUGCACUGUAUACAGGUACAGUUGCUGAUAUGUGUUCAAGAUGAGUGGGAUGGGCGAAAACACCUCUGACCCGUCCAGGGCAGAGACAAGAAAGCGCAAGGAAUGUCCUGACCAGCUCGGACCCAGCCCCAAGAGGAGCACUGAGAAACGCAAUCGUGAACAGGAAAAUAAAUAUAUCGAAGAACUUGCAGAGCUGAUAUUUGCAAAUUUUAACGACAUAGACAACUUUAACUUCAAACCUGACAAAUGUGCAAUCUUAAAAGAAACUGUGAAGCAAAUCCGUCAGAUCAAAGAACAAGAGAAAGCAGCGGCUGCCAACAUAGACGAGGUGCAGAAGUCAGACGUGUCAUCCACGGGGCAGGGUGUCAUCGACAAGGAUGCGCUGGGGCCCAUGAUGCUGGAGGCCCUUGAUGGGUUCUUCUUUGUAGUGAACCUGGAAGGCAACGUUGUGUUUGUCUCAGAGAAUGUGACACAGUACCUAAGGUAUAACCAAGAGGAGCUGAUGAACAAAAGUGUAUAUAGCAUCCUGCAUGUUGGGGACCACACUGAAUUUGUCAAAAACCUGCUGCCAAAGUCUAUAGUGAACGGGGGAUCUUGGUCUGGCGAACCUCCCAGGCGCAACAGCCAUACGUUCAAUUGUCGGAUGCUGGUGAAACCUUUGCCUGAGGCUGAAGAGGAAGGUCAUGAUAACCAGGAAGCACAUCAAAAAUACGAAACUAUGCAGUGCUUUGCUGUCUCUCAACCAAAGUCCAUCAAGGAAGAAGGAGAAGUGUCUUCGAUUGAAGAUUUGCAGUCCUGCUUGAUUUGUGUGGCAAGGAGAGUCCCCAUGAAGGAAAGACCGGUUCUUCCCUCAUCAGAAAGUUUUACUACUCGCCAGGAUCUCCAAGGCAAGAUCACAUCACUGGACACAAGCACCAUGCGGGCCGCCAUGAAGCCCGGCUGGGAGGACCUGGUGAGGAGGUGCAUUCAGAAGUUCCAUGCCCAGCACGAGGGGGAGUCUCUGUCCUAUGCCAAGAGGCAUCACCAUGAAGUGCUGAGACAAGGGUUGGCUUUCAGUCAGAUCUACCGUUUCUCCUUGUCCGACGGCACUCUUGUUGCUGCACAAACGAAAAGCAAGCUCAUCCGUUCUCAGACUACUAAUGAGCCUCAGCUUGUCAUAUCUUUGCAUAUGCUUCACAGAGAGCAGAAUGUGUGUUUAAUGAAUCCGGAUCUGACUGGACAAGCAAUGGGGAAGCCAUUGAAUCCAAUUAGCUCCAGUAGCCCUGCCCAUCAGGGCAUGUGCAGCGCGAACCCAGGUCAGGACAUGGCCCUUGGUAGCAAUAUGAAUUUCCCCAUCAACGGCCCCAAGGAGCAAAUGAGCAUGCCCAUGGGCAGGUUUGGUGGUUCCGGGGGACUGAACCAUGUGUCGGGCAUGCAAGCCACCACUCCUCAGGGUAGUAACUAUGCACUCAAAAUGAACAGUCCCUCACAGAGCAGCCCUGGCAUGAAUCCAGGCCAGCCCACCUCCAUGCUUUCACCGAGACAUCGCAUGAGCCCUGGGGUGGCUGGAAGCCCCCGAAUCCCACCCAGCCAGUUUUCCCCUGCAGGAAGCUUGCAUUCCCCCGUGGGAGUUUGCAGCAGCACAGGAAAUAGCCAUAGCUACACCAACAGUUCCCUCAACGCACUUCAGGCCCUCAGCGAGGGGCACGGGGUCUCUUUGGGGUCAUCGUUGGCUUCGCCGGACCUAAAAAUGGGCAAUUUGCAAAACUCCCCAGUGAAUAUGAAUCCUCCCCCACUCGGCAAGAUGGGGAGCUUGGACUCCAAAGACUGCUUUGGGCUGUAUGGGGAGCCCCCUGAAGGCCCAGCUGGCCAGGCAGAGAGCAGCUGCCAUCCUGGAGAGCAAAAGGACACCAGUGAGGCCAGUGGACCCCAGGGUGUGAGCAGCGAGCGAGCUGAUGGGCAGAACAGACUGCAUGACAGCAAAGGACAGACCAAACUCCUCCAGCUGCUGACCACCAAAUCCGACCAGAUGGAGCCUUCACCGCUGUCCAGCUCUUUGUCGGACACAAACAAGGACUCCACGGGUAGCUUGCCCGGUUCCGGGUCGACACAUGGGACCUCACUCAAGGAGAAGCAUAAGAUUUUGCACAGACUCCUGCAGGACAGCAGUUCUCCUGUGGACUUGGCUAAGUUAACAGCGGAAGCCACAGGCAAAGAGCUGAGCCAGGAGGCCAACAGCACAGCUCCUGGUUCGGAGGUGACUGUGAAACAGGAGCCAGUGAGCCCCAAGAAGAAAGAGAAUGCACUACUUCGCUAUUUGCUGGAUAAAGAUGAUACUAAAGACAUUGGCUUACCGGAAAUAACCCCCAAACUUGAGCGGCUGGACAGUAAGACGGACCCUGCCAGUAACACAAAGUUAAUAGCUAUGAAGACCGAGAAGGAGGAGAUGAGCUUUGAGCCUAGUGACCAGCCUGGCAGCGAGCUGGACAACUUGGAGGAGAUUUUGGAUGAUUUGCAGAAUAGUCAAUUACCACAGCUUUUCCCAGACACGAGGCCUGGCGCCCCUGCUGGAUCAGUUGACAAGCAAGCCAUCAUCAAUGACCUCAUGCAACUCACAGCUGAAAACAGCCCGGUUACACCUGUUGGAGCCCAGAAAACAGCACUGCGAAUUUCCCAGAGCACUUUUAAUAACCCACGACCAGGGCAACUGGGCAGGUUAUUGCCAAACCAGAAUUUACCACUUGACAUCACAUUGCAAAGCCCAACUGGUGCUGGACCCUUCCCACCAAUCAGAAACAAUAGUCCCUACUCAAUGAUACCUCAGCCAGGAAUGAUGGGUAACCAAGGGAUGAUAGGAAACCAAGGAAAUGUAGGGAACAGUAGCACAGGGAUGAUAGGUAGUAACGCCGCCCGGCCCACCAUGCCAUCUGGGGAGUGGGCACCGCAGAGUUCCGUGCGAGUCACCUGUGCUGCUACCACCAGCGCCAUGAACAGGACGCUCCAAGGAGGUAUGAUUCGGAAUCCAGCCGCCAGCAUCCCCAUGAGACCCAGCAGCCAGCCUGGCCAAAGGCAGAUGCUUCAGUCUCAGGUCAUGAAUCUAGGGCCAUCUGAGUUAGAGAUGAACAUGGGGGGCGCCCAGUAUAGCCAACAGCAAGCUCCUCCGAACCAGACCGCCCCGUGGCCUGAGAGCAUCCUGCCCAUAGACCAGGCCUCCUUCGCCAGCCAGAGCAGGCAGCCGUUUGGCAGCUCCCCUGAUGACCUGCUGUGCCCCCACCCUGCCGCUGAGUCUCCCAGCGACGAGGGCGCCCUCCUGGACCAGCUCUACCUGGCCUUGCGGAACUUCGAUGGCCUGGAGGAGAUUGACAGAGCUUUGGGAAUACCUGAACUGGUCAGCCAGAGCCAGGCAGUCGAUCCGGACCAGUUCUCGAGCCAGGACUCCAACAUGAUGCUGGAGCAGAAGGCACCCGUCUUCCCCCAGCAGUACGCGUCUCAGGCCCAGAUGGCCCAGGGGAGCUAUUCUCCCAUGCAGGACCCCAACUUCCACAGCAUGGGGCAGCGGCCUAGUUACGCCACACUCCGCAUGCAGCCCAGACCCAGCCUCCGGCCCACAGGCCUGGUACAGAACCAGCCCAAUCAGCUGAGGCUCCAACUGCAGCAUCGCCUCCAAGCACAGCAGAAUCGCCAGCCCCUUAUGAAUCAAAUGAGCAAUGUGUCCAAUGUGUCCAACCUGACUCUGAGGCCUGGAGUACCAACACAGGCACCUAUUAAUGCCCAGAUGCUGGCCCAGAGGCAGCGGGAGAUCCUGAACCAGCAUCUCCGCCAGAGACAGAUGCAUCAGCAACAGCAAGUUCAGCAAAGGACUUUGAUGAUGAGAGGCCAAGGGUUGAAUAUGACAUCAAGCAUGGUGGCUCCUAGUGGGAUGCCCGCAACAAUGAGCAACCCCCGGGUCCCCCAGGCAAAUGCACAGCAGUUUCCAUUUCCUCCAAACUACGGAAUAAGUCAGCAACCUGAUCCUGGUUUCACUGGGGCUACCACACCCCAGAGCCCUCUGAUGUCACCCCGAAUGGCGCACACGCAGAGCCCCAUGCUGCAGCAGACCCAGGCCAGCCCCGCCUAUCAGGCCUCCUCUGACAUGAACGGAUGGGCACAGGGGUCUAUGGGUGGGAACAGCAUGUUUUCACAGCAGUCCCCACCUCACUUUGGGCAGCAAGCAAACACCAGCAUGUACAAUAACAAUAUGAACAUCAAUGUAUCCAUGGCGACCAACACAGGUGGGAUGAGCAACAUGAACCAGAUGACAGGACAGAUCAGCAUGACCUCAGUGACCUCCGUGCCUACGUCAGGGCUGUCCUCCAUGGGUCCCGAGCAGGUUAAUGACCCUGCUCUGAGGGGAGGCAGCCUUUUCUCAAACCAGCUGCCUGGAAUGGAUAUGAUUAAGCAGGAGGGAGACGCAUCACGGAAAUACUGCUGACACUGAAGGUAGCUGGUUGCUUCUUUCUUCAGCUGACUGGGCUCACUUGCUCACAACACUUCCUGGUCUGGGAUGGAGAGCUGCGUCUGUUUGUUUUGACCCCACCGGCCUGCCAGCCAGGUCUGCCCAGCGAGCUCAGCAGACGCGGGCCUGGCCCUGGGAGCGGCGGCUGCAAAAGGGGCUGCCUCUCUCUCUCUCUGUCUCUCUCUCUCUCUCUCUGUCUCUCUCUCUCCAGCCUGAAGCUUGUGUCCAGACAGUUGCUCAGUCUGUUCACUGCAUUCACCUUAGUGCAACUUAGAUCUCUCCUGCGAAGUAAAUGUUGACAGGCAAAGUUCGUACCCAUGUCAGAUUGAAUGUAUUUAAAUGUACGUAUUUAAGGGAAACAACCGUGCUCUUGUUCUGUUCCUGUUUGGUUCCAGACACUGGUUUCUUGCUUUGUUUUCCCUGGCUAAUCAGUCAUGUACAAAAGAUUACGAUUUCAUCUGGGGGAAAGAAAGGGUUUUUUUUUUAAAAAAAAUCAAACUGCAUUUGGGAUAAAAGCAGGGCAGACACCAUGGACAGCGCUGUAUGGACAGAGAUGCCCACAAAGUGAAGACCGCUCUCUGCAGAAAGCUCUCAAGACCAAGUUGGGAAGAGUUUCCAGCUAAUGAACAGAUGAAAAGGAGCACAUGAGAGGGCUGUUCAUGUAACAAGGACUUUUUCCUUUCUUUUAUUUUUGUUAAAACCAAACAAGUUCAUCUAAAUCAUUAAUCAAGAAAAAAUAUUAUUCAUUUUCAAAUUAAGUUCCCUUUCAAUUGAUCAGACAGCUUGGAUUAGCAUCUCCUCUUCCUCCCUGAUCCUGACUCUUCCUUCCCCAGUCCCCACACCCCCCCCCCCCGACUUUCAUUCAUUUAACAAAACAAUAAAAGCAACAGAAACCAGACAAGCCCCUUAUUUCCUUAAAUGUUUUGCCAGCCACUUAGUAAUUGCUAACUUAAAUUUCAGAAAAAUGCAUUUACUGGCAAGGAGAGGAGCAGAGUCAGCACGAUCCCGAUCCCACUGGCGACACCUGCUCCCAAAGCGUGUCUGUCCUGGUCCCCAGCGACACAGACCCACACACAGGCCGCCCUGGCGUGUUUUAUGCUGAAGCAGCAGAGACACGCUAGGGUCACCUCCGCCAUGAGUUUUUUAUUUUGUUUUUUAGCAGUGCUAAGCCGAAGUUUUGUAAGGUACAUAAAAUCCAAUUUAUAUGUAAACAAGCAAUAAUUUAAGUUGAGAACGUGUUUUAAUUGUAUAAUUUUUGUGAGGUAUACAUAUUGUGGAAUUAACUCAAAAAUGAGGUACUUCAGUAUUAAAUUAGAUAUCUUCAUAGCAAUGUCUCCUAAAGGUGUUUUGUAAAGGAUAUCAAUGCCUUGAUUAGACCUAAUUUGUAGACUUAAGACUUUUUAUUUUCUAAACCUUGUGAUUCUGCUCAUAAAUAAUUUAUCCAAUCUAUAUGAUAUGCAGCCGCCGUAGGACCCAGAUCUUGAUUUUUAUAUGUUUAUAUUCUUUCUUAAUGAACCUUGGGAAGACCACCUGUGGUGAGCAGGCCACUUUCGUGGUUGUUUCUCUCACCCACGCGGGAAGGGGAAUAAUCUUUUAUUAAUUGGUGUCAGUUUCAGACAAAUGCAAUACCAAGAAACUGAUCACCUUUUUUGAGCUAUUUCUCCCCAACCCCUAAGACUUUCUUACCUAAAUUUCAGAAUGGUGUCUUUUUGAUGUCUAAAAAGCAAAGCAUUUUAUAUCUCACUAAGCCAGGCUUUUUAGGAACAGAGAGGUUUUUCCUUGAAAUUUGAUUGAUUGUUCGUUUGUGGCCGGGUGGACAAUGGACAAACUACCCCUAUUUAUAUGUAUAUCUCUCCCUAUACGUACAAGUGACGGAUUAUAGAGAGAGAUAUACCGGUAGCCCAAAGAUAAACGGUAAGUAGACAGUCUGAAGGUGUUGCUCCAUACUAAAGAAAUUUUCUGGAAAUUUGCAUUUCGAUACUUUUUUCCACUUGAGAGGGGUCUCACUACAGGGAGGUGGCCCAGAACAGCACUUCUCAGGGCCAUCAGUCCACAUGCCCCCUCACCAGGCUCUACUCUUCUCAACCAAACCCUGGGUUGCCCAACUGCGAUGGAUAAAACGAGCAGACGUUGGCCCAGAACUCCGUGACCGAGUCCGUGUGCCAAGGCUUAUGUCCCACACGAUGUCAUGUGACCAGUUUUAAGUUGCUUUUUAGAAACAUGUGACUUAGAAUGACUUUAACUUCACACAGCACAAAGGAGAAAUGGAGUUUAAGCUGGAUUUGUUUUGUUUUGAGUUUUAAGUCCCCUUUCACUGUAACACGUCCAAAAAAUUUUUUUUAAAAAUCUGUGUAUCUUUUACUGUUUACCCAUCUGCCCACUGUGUUUUGAUGUCAACCCCAAGUCAGAUAAAUCUGUAAACCAGUGAAGCUGGUAAUUUCGAAUAAUUCACGGCUGUUUUGAAGGAAAAGAGGUUAUAAAUUCUCUUAUGGCUCUGAUCAGGGAAUGAAUGGGUUUUGCUUUACAUCUAAUUAAGAGAAGAAAAGUAAGUGAAGGAAUCCUCUGAUCAUAUUGAUCACUGUGGAAGCAAAAGCCAAAUCGACCCCCUUCGUUAUCAGUAUUUCUCAUGCUGUACACAGUAAAUUUGUUAGACUGAGUCCUUGGUUUUUGUUUAAUAGGACAAAGAAUCAGUGUUUUACUUUUAUUACUAAAUGUGAAAAACAAAUAAUGUGAAAAGUAUACAUACAUUCACUUGGUUGUAAGACUCAUUUAAGUGUUCAUGUAAUGUGGUGAGUUGGAAAGUGAAGUGAGCUCUUUGACUACAAUGAAUUCGUUUGACUCAAAGAUUAAAAUGUCCCUUCCCACGUGUAUCUCCUAUGGCCUGUAAUAAUUGAAAGCAAUGUUUUUGCAGUUUAUAUAAUGCAAUUUUUAAUCUGUGUUUAAAAAUGGAGUUCAUAUGGGCUGACCACAUGAAAUGGGUGGCCCACAUCCACUGUAGAACCCAAAGAUACACAAUCAAUUUUGAAAUGCAACUUAAGCCAUUAAUUGUUGGUGUGAAUUUAAAAUUUUCUAGUAUUUGUAUGGUAGUGUGCUGCCUAAGAGCAAAGCAUUCUCUGCACAAAAGAAAAUUACUGUAGUGGCUUCAAUUUUAAUUAGAAUUUUCUCCCUGGUGUUUCUUUAUAGACUAAAACAAAAUCUUUUAAGUUUCUUACUACAGGUAAAAGCUAUGUGCAAGAACCUCAAAAUGCUAAAAUCUAGCAUAAUGCCUUAGAUCUGUUUUUAAGUCUUGUAUAUUCCUACAUAGCUGUCCGAUGUAUUAUAUUUGUAUAGUGAAUUGUGUACAAUUUUUUGAAUAAGUACAUCAUCACUCAACCUUUACGUUGUUGGAUGGUGAUGAUGAUACAUUUCUUCAAACAUUUAACUGUCUUUUUUUCCCUUUGUCAUUUGUGGGUUUUAUUUGUACAGUUCCUCAUGAAGUUGCAUCUGAGAUGUGUGUAUAUGAAAAGAUUAUACAAGGGUAAAAUUAAGCAAUAUAUUAACUCUGGUUCUUCAGGAGAAAGCUUACAGUGUUUCAGGUUGUGGUUUAUUUUCCAAAUGGAGUUGACUCUGAACAUCACCUUGUUCACCUGCAUCGAUGUUUGUAUUUCUCGUGUGAGCAGUUUAUGCAAAGGUAGAUAUAUUCAGAGAAAUUUUAAAUACAUUUAUGCAAGUUAAUAUUGCUUUGCUGAUGCUCUUUGCUUAUUUGAUGUUAAAUAAUGCUAUUGUAAAUAAAGAAUUCUGUUGUUAUUGCAUCAUUUAAUAAAUUUUAAUGCCUUCGGGUUUUACAUGG